AUGUGUAAUUAAGAGAGGGUUGUAACUGAAGGAGAAAAAAUUACAAAAAUAGAAAUAAAGAAAAUAGAAAAAAUGAAAGUAAUAAGAAAAAUAAGAAAAUUUAAUGAAGAGAAAAACAUAAAAAUAUAAGAGUAAAUUAAUUCAGCGAUUAAGAAAAAUAAAGAUGAAUAGACACUUUACUAUAUUAAAGGUAUAAUUAAAUUUGACAAUUUUUGAGCAAAUACCUUAUAGACAAUAAACAGAUUUGAAGAAGCUUUGGAAAAUUAUGAUGCAGCAAUUUAGAGAAAUCCAGAAGAGUCUGACUAUUAUUUUAACAAAGGUAUAAUAAAAUCAAAGUGAUUUCAUAGCAAUUACAUUAGAUAAAAUGAAUAGAUUUGAAGAAGCCUUAAAAAAUUAUGAUUCAGCUAUUUAGAAAAAUCCAGAAAAUUCUAAGUACUAUUUUAAUAAAGGUAUAUUACAAUCAGAAUGAUUUUUUAGCUGAUACAUUAAAUAAUAUGAACAGAUUUGAAGAAGCCUUGGAAAAUUAUAAUUCAGCUAUUUAGAAAAAUCCAGAAAAUUCUAAGUACUAUUUUAAUAAAGGUAUAAUACAUUCGGAAUGAUUUUUAGCUGAUACAUUAGAUAAAAUGAACAGAUUUGAAGAAGCCUUGGAAAAUUAUAAUUCAGCUAUUUAGAAAAAUCCAGAAGAUUCAUACUACUACAAUGGCAAAGGUAUUAUACAAAGUGAUUUUUUAGCUGUUACAUUAAAGAAUAUGAACAGAUUUGAAGAAGCUUUGGAAAAUUAUAACUCAGCAAUUUAGAGAAAUCCAGAAAAUUCUGACUUAUAUUUUAACAAAGGUAUAAUAAAAAUCAGAGUGAUUUUUUAGCAAUUACAUUAGAUAAAAUGAACCGAUUUAAAAAAGCUUUGGAAAAUUACGAUUUAGCAAUUAAGAAGAAUCCAGAAGAUUCAAGGUAUUACAAUAGCAAAGGUAUAAUACAAUCAGAGUGAUUUUUUAGCUGAUACAUUAGAUAAAAUGAAUAGAUUUGAAGAAGCUUUGGAAAAUUAUGAUUCAGCCCUUUAGAAAAAUCCAAAAAAUUCAAGGUAUUACAAUGAUAAAGGUAUAUUUACAAUUAGAGUGAUAUCUUAGCAAUUACAUUAGAUAAAAUGAACAGAUUUGAAGAAGCUUUGUAAAAUUAUAAUUCAGCUAUUUAAAAUAACCCAGAAAAUUCUAAGUAUUAUUUUAAUAAAGGUAUAUAAUAAUUUAAGAAGUUUUUUAGCUGCCACGCUAUAUAAAAUGAACAGAUUGGAGGAAGCUUUGCAAAAUUAUGAUUCAGCUCUUUAGAAGGAUCCAGAAGAUUCGAGGUAUUAUAAUGGCAAAGGUACUAUAAAAUUGGAGUGAUUUCUUAGCUAUUACAUUAAAGAAAAUGAACAGAUUUGAAGAAGCAUUGGAAUAUUAUGAUUCUGCAAUUUAGAAAAACUCAAAAAAUUCUGAUUAUUAUUUUAACAAAGGUAUAAUAAAAUCAAAGUGAUUUCAUAGCAAUUACAUUUGAUAGAAUGAAUAGAUUUGAAGAAGCUUUGGAAAAUUAUGAUUCAGCUAUUUAGAAAAAUCCAGAAAAUUCUAAGUACUAUUUUAAUAAAGGUAUAAUACAAUCGGAAUGAUUUUUUAGCUGAUACAUUAAAUAAUAUGAACAGAUUUGAAGAAGCCUUGGAAAAUUAUAAUUCAGCUAUUUAGAAAAAUCCAGAAGAUUCAUACUACUACAAUGGCAAAGGUAUUAUACAAAGUGAUUUUUUAGCUGUUACAUUAAAGAAUAUGAACAGAUUUGAAGAAGCUUUGGAAAAUUAUAACUCAGCAAUUUAGAGAAAUCCAGAAAAUUCUGACUUAUAUUUUAACAAAGGUAUAAUAAAAAUCAGAGUGAUUUUUUAGCAAUUACAUUAGAUAAAAUGAACCGAUUUAAAAAAGCUUUGGAAAAUUACGAUUUAGCAAUUAAGAAGAAUCCAGAAGAUUCAAGGUAUUACAAUAGCAAAGGUAUAAUACAAUCAGAGUGAUUUUUUAGCUGAUACAUUAGAUAAAAUGAAUAGAUUUGAAGAAGCUUUGGAAAAUUAUGAUUCAGCCCUUUAGAAAAAUCCAAAAAAUUCAAGGUAUUACAAUGAUAAAGGUAUAUUUACAAUUAGAGUGAUAUCUUAGCAAUUACAUUAGAUAAAAUGAACAGAUUUGAAGAAGCUUUGUAAAAUUAUAAUUCAGCUAUUUAAAAUAACCCAGAAAAUUCUAAGUAUUAUUUUAAUAAAGGUAUAUAAUAAUUUAAGAAGUUUUUUAGCUGCCACGCUAUAUAAAAUGAACAGAUUGGAGGAAGCUUUGCAAAAUUAUGAUUCAGCUCUUUAGAAGGAUCCAGAAGAUUCGAGGUAUUAUAAUGGCAAAGGUACUAUAAAAUUGGAGUGAUUUCUUAGCUAUUACAUUAAAGAAAAUGAACAGAUUUGAAGAAGCAUUGGAAUAUUAUGAUUCUGCAAUUUAGAAAAACUCAAAAAAUUCUGAUUAUUAUUUUAACAAAGGUAUAAUAAAAUCAAAGUGAUUUCAUAGCAAUUACAUUUGAUAGAAUGAAUAGAUUUGAAGAAGCUUUGGAAAAUUAUGAUUCAGCUAUUUAGAAAAAUCCAGAAAAUUCUAAGUACUAUUUUAAUAAAGGUAUAAUACAAUCGGAAUGAUUUUUUAGCUGAUACAUUAGAUAAAAUGAACAGAUUUGAAGAAGCCUUGGAAAAUUAUAAUUCAGCUAUUUAGAAAAAUCCAGAAGAUUCAUACUACUACAAUGGCAAAGGUAUUAUACAGAGUGAUUUUUUAGCUGUUACAUUAAAGAAUAUGAACAGAUUUGAAGAAGCUUUGGAAAAUUAUAACUCAGCAAUUUAGAGAAAUCCAGAAGAUUCUGACAUAUAUUUUAACAAAGGUAUAAUACAAUCUGAGCGAUUUUUUAGCAAUUACAUUAGAUAAAAUGAACAGAUUUGAAGAAGCGUUAGAAAAUUAUGAUUCAGCAAUUUAGAAAUGUCCAGAAGAUUCAAGCUAUCAUAAUAACAAAGGUAUACUAUAAUUAGAUUUAUCUUUUAGCUAUUACAUUAAAGAAAAUGAGUAGAUUUGAAGAAGCUUUGGAAAAUUAUGAUACGGCAAUUUAGAGAAAUCCAGAAAAUUCUAAGUAUUAUUUUAACAAAGGUAUAAUGCAAUCAGAGUGAUUUUUUAGCAAUUACAUUAGAUAAAAUGAACAGAUUUGAAGAAGCUUUAGAGAAUUAUGAUUAAGCAAUUUAUAUAAAUUAAAAAGUUAGCGACUAUUAUUUUUUUAAAGGUAUAAUUAAGUAUAGAUACUUUCUUAGCAAAUACUUUAACAAAGUUGAAUAGAUUUUAAGAAUCAUUAGAAAUUUUUUAUUCUUUAUCUUUUCAAUCUCAAUGA